GUAAACAAAGCUGUAUUGUUGUGUACAAAUGUGGCGUCGCUUUUCUUGUGCGUGACAGUUGAGUUCAACCACCAACCGCCGAUACCGCCGCAAGUAAGAGCGAGAAGGAAACAUUAUGUGAAAAUAGUAGUAAGAAGAAGAGAAGAAACUAUCCAGCAAAAUCCGUUCGAUUGGAUGUAAACAAACUCCGCUGUGAGAACGGGGGGAAGUGGUGAACAAAAGCAAAACCCGGUAAGCAGUCCCUCCGUCCGCCGAAAACAUUUCGGCGUCAUGCGGAGCAGUCUUUAGGGCAGCAGGCAGGCAAUGCACGUGCGCCUUGUCUUCGCGUUGUAUUUGAGCUGCCCAUUAACACCUUCUGCCGGAGCUGGCACGGGUCAUAUCGCGGCGAGGUUUGAUUAGCUGCUUCAUUAGCGAACGGACAAAAAGGCAUCAGCGCAACGCGGACGGGCUGUCGGACGAGAUGCUUUCCAGAGUUUCUCUCGUGCAUCUAGAGCUGCUGAACGAUGGAGCGGGUGGCAAACCGACGGCCGGGCAGCUGUUGGCCGUCGCCGCCGGUGUCGGUGUGGCGACAGCGCUCGGGUACGGCGUGUACCGGCUGCUGCAGUACCGGGCGGCACAGCAACCCCCGUCCGAGUGGCACCGGGUCGGCGAGGUGUCCGAUCUGUGGAUCUAUCCGAUCAAAUCGUGCGGCGCGGUCCGGGUGCGCCAGUUCCAGUGCUCGCCGAUCGGGCCGCAGGUCGGGUUUCUGCGCGACCGCAUCUUCAUGGUGGUGAAGAGCGCGGACGGCAAGUUCAUUACCGGCCGGUCCCAUCCGACGCUCGUGCUGGUGCAGCCGGCGUUCGAUGCGCAGUACGAGCGCAUGACCCUGUCGGCGCCGGGCAUGAUGGACAUCGGUGUGGACGUGAAGAAGCUGCUGGAGAGCAGCGCCCCGGGCAGUGCGGAGGUGUGGGACCAGCCGGUCACCGCGGUGGACUGUGGCGAGGAGGUGGCCCGCUGGCUGUCCCGCUUUCUGCUGAGCGAGGACUUUGGCCUGCGGCUGGUGUACUAUCCGCUCGAUCGGCCGACCCGCCCGGUGCGGGAGAAGAACCGCAUCCACCGGCUGCUGACGGCGCGGGACUCGGGCGCGCUGCACGACGCCACCAGCUACAUGCUCGUGUCGGAGGGCUCGGUCGCGGACGUGAACGCCCGGCUGGACAAACCGGUGCCGGCGCUCCAGUUCCGCGCCAACAUACUGGUGAAGGGCCCGAGCGCAUUCGAGGAGGACGACUGGAAGUGGAUCCGGAUCGGGGACACGGUCUACCGGAACGUGAAACCGUGCACCAGGUGUCUGUUCACGAACGUUGACCCCGAAACGGGGGUCAGCAGCCCGGAGCAGGAACCGCUGACCACGCUGCGCAAGUAUCGCCUGAAACCGGGCCUCGGCCAGUCGCCGGUCGUCGGCAUGCAGAUGGGCAUCCGUACGCUCGGUGCGAUCGGGCUGGGCGAUGCCGUGUACGUCGGAUGAUUGUAAAAAAAGAAGAAAAAGGGAAAACACCCUCCCUCCCAGUCACCAUGUGCAUGCGACGGUUACUGUUGCGUUUGUAUGCUUUUAUUAUGCUGGUAUUAUUUUAAUUUGGAAUAUAAAUGCAGUAUUUGCUAAAAUUAA